AUGAGAACGCUUAAUAAUGUGCUGAAACGUCGUUCUCCUCCCGUGCAGGUGCUCAAGGUGUUCCCGUACCCGCUCACCAUCACGACGGUGCAAUUCGCCAUCGGGUCGAUCGUGGUGCUGCUGUCGUGGGCCACCAACAUCGUCAAGCGCCCCACCAUCUCUAAAGCGCAGGUGAGGCAGGCGCAGGUGAGGCAGGCGCAGCUCCUGGCGAUCCUGCCUCUAGCCCUCGUGCACACCAUGGGCAACGCGUUCACGAACGUCAGCCUGGGCAAGGUGGCCGUGUCGUUCACGCACACCAUCAAAGCUCUUGAACCCUUCUUCUCCGUCACGCUCUCCGCGCUGCUGCUGGGGGAGCAACCCACGCUGCCGGUCAUCCUCGCGCUCGUGCCCAUCGUGGGAGGCGUGGCGCUCGCCUCUGCCACCGAAGCUUCCUUCAACUGGGCGGGCUUCCUGUCCGCCAUGGCGUCCAACCUCACCUUCCAGUCGCGAAACGUUCUUAGCAAGAAGCUCAUGAUCAAGAAAGACUCAUCACUGGACAACAUAAACCUCUUCUCCAUCAUCACCGUCCUUUCCUUCUUCCUGCUGCUGCCUGUCGCUCUCCUCACAGAGGGCAUCAAGUUCAGCCCCACACUGCUGCAGGCGCAGGGAGUGGACGUGCAAAGGCUGCUUGUUCGAUCCACGCUCGCUGCUCUCUGCUUCCACGCCUACCAGCAGGUCUCCUACAUGAUUCUGCAGCGUGUCUCCCCAGUCACCCACUCAGUCGGCAACUGCGUUAAGAGGGUCAUCGUUAUAGUCACAUCUGUGCUCUUCUUUCGAACCCCCGUCUCCCCGAUCAACGCCGUCGGCACUGCGGUUGCCCUGGGUGGUGUGUUUGCAUAUUCUCGUGCCAAGUCCUCCAAGCCCAAGGCUGCAUAG